GAAUCGAAACGAAUGUUGGGGUCGUUGGGGAACCAAACAAAAUUAAUUAUUUAAAUCUAUUUCAGUUUAUUAUUUGAAAAACCUAGUAAAAUACAGUAUUUAUUAUAUGUUAAAAUAUAAUAUCCGAUGGACGCGCUGAGACGUUUACUGCCACCGAAAAUAUUUGAAGUUAUCGACAGAGCCGGAAUUUGCACUGCAAAAGAAAUUCUAAUUCUUUCGAAAUGGGAUAUAAAGAAGGCUACAAAUCUCAGUACCGAUGAUAUUUUAUUUCUUAAAUCUAUUGUUGCUGAUUGUGUUUCGCCAGAAAGUGUAACCGGUGAUAUGUUGUUGUUAAAACAAAAUCCAAGAGUAUUAAGUGGCUGUGAAGCAAUAGAUUCGAUCACAAACGGUGGGUUUCGGGCAGGUACCCUUACAGAAAUUUACGGAGAAAGUGGUUCUGGUAAAACUCAAAUAGGACUUCAAGCUGCAGCAAAUACUUUCAACUCUGGUUCUGUUUUCAUAUGCACUGAAGAUGUGUUUCCUGUUAAAAGAUUGAAACAAAUGCAGCAAUCACUUGUUAACUAUGUUCCUGAUGAUAACAUUGGCAAGAACAUUUUUAUAGAACAUGUUACAGAGCCAACUGAACUACUAUCUUGUGUGAAGGUGCGGUUGCCAAGACUUUUAAAUGAUCAGAAAGUUUCACUAAUUGUUGUGGACUCAAUUGCUGCACCGCACAGGACUGAAACAACAAAUUAUGUUCAGAGAGCUGAAGACCUUAGAGAAUUGGCAGUAGCUUUGAUAGAAAUAGCUAAAAGAUAUAGUAUUGCUAUCGUUUGUAUUAAUCAGGUUACAACAGCAUUCGAUGGGACAGAUAGUAUAUUGCCAUGUUUGGGUCUUGCUUGGUCCAAUAUGGUCUCAACCCGAUUAAUGUUAAAGAAAACCUCAAGAACAGUUCUGAAAACGAAUGAAUCAUCUUCUGCCCAAGAAUAUUUGCACGUAAGAGAACUCUCUGUGGUGUUUGCUCCUGAUUUACCUAACAAAACAACUGAGUUUGUUAUCACUUCAAAUGGUAUAAUAGGUGUUUAAGAGACCGUAGUCGAUAUUAGAGCAAGAAUUUUAAAUUGAUAGAUUUGUCGUUGAAAUUAUACACGUUUUGUUACGUAAUAUCUAAAUAACAAGUAUUGGUUUCUAUUAGCACGUCUUCUCAUCUUGCCUUUUAAUAAUGAGGUCGCAAGCGUGCGUCACCGGUAAUAUAUGAAAAGAAGGGGCAGUUUUUAAAAAUUCAUCAAAAAUUUAUGGUGGUAAAUUAUACAAAUUGAUGUAUAAGAAUAGUUUCAACAAAUGUUGUAGAUUGUUUAAGUAUCAAAAUUACGUUGAAAUUAAGUCGAUUUUCAGAGAAAUUGUCACUUGUUUUGAAGUAAUUUCUGGAGAAAAUUGAUUUCGUCUAACUUUCCUUUACACUACUUCAGUCAUAAUAAUAAAAAUGUAGUCUGAUAAACGUCAAGUACAGGAUAUGUGUGAUACAAAAUUACCAUGUUUAGCCGUCCAAACUUUACGAAAUUUACAAAUAAGAGCGACAAAAUUAGUGCUUUACGCGCGUUUACCUAAACGUCCAUCAGAAAAGCAAACAUUACUAAUUUAGUGAGUCUGUUUUCAACAAAUUGAUCUGAUAAAAGGUAAGAUAAGAAGAUGCGCUGAUAGAAACCAGUACUUGUUAUUUCAAUUAGGUAACAAAAGGUGUACAAUUUCACCGACAAAAUCUAUCAAUUUUACAUUUUUGCGACUAAAAUCGACACCGGCCUGUUAAAAUAUGAGAUUGUAAUUUACUAUUAUUUAAUAAAAAUAU